AUGAAGGCGGAAAGUCAGACACAGGCUCAGAAGCCAGAGGAUAUGGACCAAAAGAAAGAAGAGCCAAUGCCGCCUGUCCGUCAGGAUGCCUUUGGUGAUGAGGAGUUUGCGGAGGUCAAGUACAAAGUUCUCAAGUGGUGGCAAGGAGGACUGCUCAUGGUCGCUGAGACUAUCUCUCUGGGCAUCCUCUCACUUCCUGCGGCUGUUGGAACCGUCGGAUUAGCACCAGGCCUUGCCAUCCUCAUCAGUAUGGGCAUCCUCGCCAGCUACAACGGUUACGUUAUUGGACAAAUCAAACUGCGAUUUCCUCAUAUUACUAGCAUGUCUGAUGCGGGAGAAGUCCUGCUGGGCCCGUUUGGGAGGGAACUCCUGAAUGCAGCACAGAUACUGUUGUUGAUCUUCAUCAUGGCAAGUCAUAUUUUGACAUUCACUGUGGCGUUCAAUGUCAUGACGGGUCAUGCUACUUGCUCCAUUGUCUUUGGUGUCGUGGGAGCCGUGAUUUCCUGUCUGCUCUCCCUGCCUCGCACGUUGGAGAAAGUCUCGUGGCUGUCGCUUGUGUCAUUUGUCAGUAUCUUCGCCGCGGUGAUGGUCACCAUGGUCAGUAUUGGGAUCAUUAAGCCAACCUCGACAUGGGCAGUCGCCAAGCACACAGACUUGGUGACUGCCUUUGGAGGUGUUACGAACAUGGUCUUCGCAUAUGCCAGCCAUAAUUCCUUCUUCACAUUUAUUGCGGAGCUGCGUGACCCCAGGGAAUUUCCAAAGGCGCUUGCUCUUCUCCAGAGCAUUGAUAUCUCGCUCUAUGUCGUUGCUGCGGUCGUUAUCUACUACUUUGCCGGCGACGGGGUGACAUCACCCGCUCUUGGUAGUGCGGGCCCUUUAAUCUCCAAGGCUGCGUACGGCAUUGCCUUGCCUACUAUCGUCAUCGCAGGUGUAAUUAACGGCCACAUCGCCGCGAAAGCCAUCUAUCUGCGCAUGUUUUCCGGGACAGAUCGCAUCCACAAGCGAGACUGGAUUGCUGUGGGUUCAUGGAUAGGAAUCAUGGCUGUUCUCUGGACCAUAUCGUGGAUCAUCGCCGAGGCUAUACCGGUGUUUAACGACCUCAUCGGGUUGAUUGCCGCACUGUUUUUGAGCUGGUUUACAUUUGGCUUGCCAGGGGUAUUCUGGCUGUAUAUGAACAAGGGAAUCUGGUUCUUGUCACGGAGGAAGCUUUUCUUGACUGUUGUCAACGUGGCAUCGGUGUGUAUCGGAUUGGUUGUGGUAAGUAUCUAUAUACUGGGCUCCCCCACAGUACUCGGGCUAAUUGAUCAGUGUGCCCUUGGGCUUUAUGCAUCCGGUGUCUCGAUUAAUCAUAAUCCGGCGGGCUCUGUUUUUUCAUGUGGUGCUCGCAGUUGA